UGCAAAGAUUAUAAUUUUUGUUUUUAGGAUUUUAGCUCACCCUAUUUUAGAGCUAUUAUGGUAAAAUCCAUUACCGUGUUGCGCGGGACCAGGAAAACUUGUGUAGGCUGCUUAGCUAGCUACGAAUAUAGUACUACUUUGAGUGCAGUACGUCGAAAGAAGAAUGGCUCGGGAUUACAAACCUGGUGACCUGAUCUUUGCGAAGAUGAAGGGCUACCCUCACUGGCCUGCCAGGAUUAAUGACUACUCUGAUGGAGCUGUGAAGCCGGCCAACAUGAAGUUUCCCAUCUUUUUCUUUGGUACCCAUGAAACUGCAUUCCUCGGCCCCAAAGAUAUAUAUCCCUACCUGCCCAAUAAAGAGAAGUAUGCCAAGCCUAACAAGAGAAAGGGCUUCAACGAAGGCCUGUGGGAGGUUGAGAACAACCCAAAGGUGGAGCUGAAUGGAGAGACGCAAAUGAUGCUGUCGGAUAACGUAACGGAGAAGGACUCUGACAGUAACCCGGAAGGGGACGAGGAGGGAGAUUAUGAGAAGAGGAAGAAACCCAAAGUGUCGGGGGCUGAGAGUGAGGCUGGACAGGAGGAGGAUGGGGGCAUGCAGGUCUCUGAACAGGGACAGCCCCAGGGCCAGGAUGACCCCACACCAAAGGAAUCUACAGACACUCCCAAACCCAAGAGAAGAAGGAAGAAAAAGAGUGAUGUAGAGGCCGACUCCGAGAAAGAGGACGCUGCCAACGGUCCCACAUCCAGCCCUCAAGGUGGAGAGGGCCCCCACUCCUAGCGGCGAGGCAGGAAGACCAAAGCUGGAGAAGAUGCUCUUACUCCAGCAGCAGGACCCCCCCAGGGCUCAGGCAGUGACAUGGACACUGCUGAGUCGGAGAGAAAGAGAAAGAGGACGCCCGAGACAAGUCCAAGAGAGAGGAGAGGAAGGGAGAAGAGGCUGGACGGGAGGAGAAAGAAGGAAGACAACAAAGGGAGAGAGUUGGAGGAGAAGGACCCUGAUGCUAAACGGAGGAGACAGACCAAAGAGGAGAGCUCCUCUGACUCAGAGGACCAGGAGGUGGAGCAAGGGGCUGCGGGAGACCGUAGCGGCAGCGCCUCCGACACACCGGAGGACAAAGACGAUCGUCAACGACGCCAAACAAGACGAAAGCAGAAAGAGCAAAACAGAGACAAAGUAGAGCUCAAAGUGGAUGAAAGGAAAGGAGACAAGAAGAAAGGAAUAUCCACAGAAUCGAGGCUUGCAGAGGUUCGCGGAGAAAUCAAAAUAUCCCUCAAGAUUGACAACCCA